AUGGCUACCGCUACUCUAAACAACAUCAAGGAGCAUCGUCUCCCAACAGACUCGUACAAGCACAUGUGGGCUCGCUAUGUUGCGAAAAGAGCUUUCGAUGAAGACAUCAAGUCCGCUUCAAAGCGGCUGGUUGAAGCACAGAAAGCCAACCCCGAUCUUUUCUCUGGCAAGAUCAGCCAAGAUAUGCGCGUGGCUACAAUCCUCGCCAAGACACAGGAGGAAAUCGGCACUGGUCUUGUCCCCAGAGACUCCAAGAAGCUAGACAUUGGAAUCAUCGGUGCUGGUGUUUCUGGACUCUUCACUGCUCUAGUCUUUGACUGGCUGAACGAAGAGUGCAAGGACCAGGGACUCAAGAUUAACUACGACAUCAUCGAGGCCGGCGAGGAGGCCAGACUGGGCGGACGUCUGUACACCCACAGGUUCUCCGAUGCUCCGCAUGACUACUACGAUCUGUUCAACUACCUUGGCAUGAAGCCUGGAAAGGGUGGUUUGAUCCCCUACUACAUGGACGACGUCGACGGAGUUUGUCCCACGUAUUUCAACGACGUACGCAAAGUGGGCGAUGUCUGGACUGACAAGGCGGAUGAUCCUUUCAGAAUCAACAGUGGCCUUGAAGAAAAGGAUAAGAUCCCUGAAAAAUAUCUCAAGACAAACCCUAGCAAGCUCGUAGAGGCGGCUUUGGACGUGUUGAUAAAAGACACCAAGAAACAAUUUGACGAAGUCCGUGAAGAGAAUGACGAGAAUGGCACCAAGGCGACCGCGCUCUGGGACAGAUUGAUGAGAGCUGAUAAAUUGAGCGUUCGACAGUUCCUUUCAUUGGGCCCGAAUGACACGCCCAGUGGACCGGGAUACAACUACAACACUAUCGAAUGGCUCGAGUCAGCGACAUACGGCACUGGCUGGUACGACCAGUCACUUACAGAAUGUGUCCUCGAGCAGCUCGACUUUGACACCCCGAAAACACCCAAAGGCGAGCCCAAGGUCAACUAUUGGUGGUGCGUUGACGGAGGCGCCCAAACAAUCGCACAGAGAAUGGCCAAGAAGAUCAAGAACCCUGUCCAGUACAAGAGCCAGGUUGUAGCCAUCGACGCACAAAUCCCCAAGCGCAAGGAGAAGAACGACUACACGCCCAUGAAACUAGAGAUCUCGAAUGGCGAAUCGACAAAGGAGAAGGAGUACUUUGCAGUGUUCAACAGCACGACCCUUGGUGCACUCCAGCGCAUGAACCUCAAAGAUGCUGGUCUUCUUUGGGGUACGAAGCAGGCCAUUCGUGCCCUCGGCUAUGGUGCUUCAUGCAAGGUUGCCAUCAAGUUCAAGACCGCGUGGUGGCAAAAGGAACCUUUCCGUAUCAGAAAGGGUGGCCUCGCUCAUACCGAUCUGCCCCUUCGCGUUUGUGUCUACCCAUCCUACAACAUCGAGGCGAACGAGGGAGCCGAAUGGGACCCCGAAAAGCCUGCUGUUCUCUUGUGUUCGUACACAUGGGGCCAAGACGCCCAGCGCAUGGGCGCCCUAAUCUCUUCUGACUCUCCCAAGAACGAACAGCAGCUUGUGUCGGUGCUCUUGCACGACCUUGCCCUUCUCCACGCUGAGGAAAGUGGAGAAUGGGACUACAAGAACCUCCUCAAGACCCUCAAGGAACAGUAUCAGGACCAUCAUGCUUAUGAUUGGUAUGGCGACCAAAACAUGUCGGGCGCUUUUGCCUACUUCGGACCUGGCCAAUUCUCCAACAUGUGGCAGGAAAUCAUCAAGCCCAACGCUUACGGACAGCUGUACCUCGUCGGCGAAGCAUCGUCCUCCCACCACGCCUGGAUUGUCGGCGCUUUGGAGAGUGUCAUUCGAGCUGUUUAUCUCAUGUUUGAAGGUCUCCAGAAGCAGGAGCCCGAGAAUGAAGCCUACAAGAAGGCUGUGAAGCUGCUGAGCCAAGCACCCCAAGUUGACCCAAAGACGGAGGGUGGGGAUGUUUUCGGUGGUGAUGCUGGCGAAGGGCCAUUGAAGCCUCAAACGAUGCCAUCGGGUCUUCCGUUCUUCCCACUCCCAGAGGAGAUGCCCGAUCGUCUUCUGGACGUAAGCAAAGAUGACAAGGUGCUGCGAGACCCAUUGAAUGAGAACGACGAGUACAAGGAAGGCGCGGCUAUUCUGUUGUCAGUAGCCAUGAUAGGAUGGUCUCUGCUUGAGAGUUACAUAGACUUUGAGCUGGAUGAUCAGAAGGCAAAGCCACAGUAG